AUUCUCAGUCCCCAGAAAUUGGGGUUUAUUAAUUUUUCGAGGGGAGAAUCCUUCACUCACCUCGCUGCGACGAUCAGAAGACAGUAAUUACUGUUUUUCACUCGUUAAUUAAUGGAAACAAACUGGGGAAGCGGGUGUUCGAUUCAAAGGACUGACAACCUCAAAUCUGCAGUCUCAUGAGCAGUUGUACAGUUGCUUCACGCGAGUGUUUGCCACUUUGGAGCAAUGGCGGAGGCAGAGAAAAAAAACGAAACUGCGGAAAAACAGGGAAAAUCGGUCAGGGGUGUUUUGUCUCCCAAAUUCACUGCUGGACCCCACGGGCUAGGCGAUCCAGACGACAGGAGUCUUCGGAAGUUGGAGAAGCAAGUGCUGAUUCCACAGAAAGUACGCGACAAAGCGAGAACUGAGAAAUGCACAGAGGAAGUCAAAGCUUUCACUGAAUGUGGCAAGGAGUCUGGCUUACUGAUCUGGCUGGACUGCCGCGACACCAACAAACGCCUCUGGGAUUGCGCUGGGAAGUGGUUCCACGAUAAAGAAUUCGUGGCACAGUGCACCGAAGAGUACCUAAACGAGAGGAGCCAGUACAGAAGGACUGGAGUGGGUGCCAAGCAAAAACGAAAGCACUCUGCUAUUUUCUAAUUUCAUCCUGAACAAUCACGACUCUUCACACCUAAUUUAAAUCACAAGUCGAAAUCUUUAGAUUUACUUAGUUUAUGUACAUAACUAUCUCGCAGUGAGUGAGAUAAAAAAUACAGUGAAGUUAUUUUGGAAAUGUUAAUUAAUAUUGAAAAAUGUGGAGAUGAUGCUGGAGUUAAGAUGAAUCGUCGUCCUCGGAGUCCUCGUCCUCAUCGUCAUCCAGGGGAAUUGGCUCACACGUUUCAUUGGGAUUCCAUCUUCUUAUUAGUAAUUCACGUACUGUAAACUCUGACAGUGCCUCCAGGGGGACUGGACUGCUGCUCCUGGGGACUGUCGAGGGCCAGAGCACUUGAACGAUUAAUAAUUCCUGCAGGAAUAAACAAAUUGGAAUGGAUUUUACAAGUGUGAAAUUUUUCUUUGCAUUGUUCUUUGAAUAUCUUGGAAACGAGCCGAUUUAGAAAAAAAUGUUAAGAGACAUUUUUGUGGCUCAUGAAAUUCUCUGCAAAAAAUGUUCUAUGAUGUUUUCUCGUAAAAUGCUUUGUUGCUGAGAUAAUUGGCAAAUUAUCAAGUGCGAGAAUGAUUGCUAUGAGAUAUUGAAAAAUGGAAGCUUUGUUAUUUGUUAAAAUAUCUGAAUAAUGGAUGAUUCUACGACAAAA